ACACGGACACGCCCCGUUCCCGGGGGAGGGCGGGUGGAGAGGGGGGAGCGUUGGGGUUCUCCCCAAAACGUGGAGGGAACGUCCGGAAUCCGCGGGGGCCGAGGACAAAGCCCCUCCUGGCGUUGGCACGGCGGGAUCUGCCGGAGGGAACGGGGGGAGCGGCUGGAACUCGGGGGCCACGGUGAGAGAGCCCCCGAAAUCACCGGCACCACCAUUGCCACCGGCACCUCCAGCACCAUCAGCACCAUCAGCACCUCCAGCACCAUCACCUCCAGCACCAUCAGCACCAUCAGCACCUCCAGCACCAGCAUCACCAGCACCACCAUCACCAUCACCAUCAGCACCAUCACCAUCAGCACCAUCACCAUCAGCACCAUCACCUCCAGCACCAUCAGCACCAGCAUCACCAGCACCUCCAGCACCAUCACCAGCACCAUCAGCACCUCCACCAUUAUCACCUCCAGCACCUCCAUCUCCAUCAGCACCAUCACCACUUUCAUCACCAUCACCUCCACCACUGUCAUCUCCAGCACCUCCAGCAUCAUCAGCACCAUCACCACCAUCACCAUCAGCACCAUCACUUCCACCACUGUCACCUCCAUCACCAUCACCACUGUCACCACCAUCAGCACCAUUAUCACCGUCACCUCCACCUUCAUCACCACUGUCACCACUGUCACCUCCAUCAUCAUCACCAUCACUUCCAUCACCUCCAUCACCACCAUAA